CCUGCUGAGGAGGAGCUGUUGGCCGCUCACUGUUGCCGCGGAGGGGGAGGGGCCGUGGCUGCUGCUCUGUGGAGCUGGGCGCUCGGUCCCGCCUGCCGUCUAGGAAACGCCGUGGCGUCGAGCAGGGCCUAGUGCCGGGGGCCCGGGCAGCGGGCCGGAAAGGUUUCCCCAUGUCCGUGACGUGUUGGCCGAGGCUUUGCGGCUGCUCCCCGCCCUUGGAGCUGCCAGUCGCUACCCUUUGGACUCCGUGAUCCCUGACAAACGUCAUGAGCAUUGCAAUCCCUCUGGGAGUCACCACACCAGAUACAUCUUAUUCAGAUAUGGCUGCUGGAUCUGACCCAGAGUCUGUGGAAGCUAGCCCAGCUGUUGGUGAGAAAAAUGUUUACGCAAGUCAUGGCUACGGGGCCUCUCAGAGGCAUAGCUACCGAGGGUUGCCUUAUGCAGAUCAUAAUUAUGGAGCCCCUCCUCCUCCGACCCCUCCUGCUUCUCCCCCUGUCCAGACCAUCAUCCCUCGUGCAGAACUGAAUGGCCUACACUCUCACGAUGAGGAGAAUUCUGGUGACACAGAGAGCUCUUCAGAGGCAGAAUCUAUUCCCAGCUGGUGUCACUGUAGUCUCUCCCAAGAUGGCUUCCUCCUCAAAUGUGAGAAGUGCAGGGGAAUCAGCAGGGGGAAAGUGAUCAGGCUCCACCGCCGGAAGCAGGACAACGUGUCAGGUGGAGACAGCAGCGCAACUGAGAGCUGGGACGAGGAGCUCUCUCCCUCCACGGUGUUGUACACUGCUACACAGCACACCCCUACAAGCAUCACUCUGACAGUCAAUCGGGUCUGCAGAACCAAACCCAAAAAGAGGAAAAGGAAUACAGAGAGAGCUCGUACUGCACCAAAGGCAAAAAAAAUCAAGGCUUUUAGAGAAGGUUCACGGAAGUCUUUGCGGAUGAAGAACUCUCCUUCAGAAGCCCACGCCCUGGAUGAGAAUACGGCAGAGGGGUGGGAAAACCGCAUAAGGCUCUGGACCGAUCAGUAUGAAGAAGCCUUCACUAACCAGUACAGUGCUGAUGUGCAGAAUCUCCUGGAACAUCAUCUAAAUGCCAAUAAAGAAUUUGUGGGCAAGGCUGCUGUGCUGGACACAAUCAAUAAGACAGAGCUGGCCUGUAACAACACGGUGAUUGGAUCCCAGAUGCAGCUACAGCUGGGGAGAGUAACACGGGUUCAGAAGCACCGGAAGAUCUUGAGGGCAGCCAGAGAUCUGGCUGUGGAUACCCUUAUAAUUGAGUAUCGUGGGAAAGUGAUGUUGCGACAGCAAUUCGAGGUCAAUGGGCAUUUCUUCAAAAAACCGUAUCCCUUUGUGCUAUUCUACUCCAAGUUUAACAGCGUCGAGAUGUGUGUGGAUGCUCGCACUUUUGGUAAUGAUGCCAGAUUCAUCCGGCGCUCCUGUACACCAAAUGCUGAGGUUCGUCACGUGAUUGCAGAUGGGAUGAUUCACCUGUGCAUAUAUGCUGUUACAUCCAUUGCCAAGGAUGCAGAAGUUACCAUUGCCUUUGACUAUGAGUACAAUGUCUGCAACUAUAAAGUGGAUUGUGCCUGUCACAAGGGAAACCGGAAUUGCCCUGUGCAGAAACGGACCCCAAACACUGUAGAACAGCUACCUCCACCUAUUCUAGACACUCUGAUUGGAGCAGAGACUAGGCGUCGGAAAGCCCGUCGGAAGGAGCUGGAACAGCGGGGCGCUGCAUCAGAUGAGAACAGCAAUCUACAGGCAGAGGAAGUCCCUGAGGGACUUGCCGCAACCAGUGAUAAUGAGACUGCAGACAAAGAAGAGAAGCAAGAAGAGGAGAAAGAAGCUGCUGUAGAUGAUCAGGGAGGCCUCACUCAUAGCAGACGGACUCGAGAAGAUAGGAAAGUAGAAGCCAUCAUGCACGUCUUCGAGAACCUGGAAAAAAGAAAGAGGAGGAGAGAUCUACCAUCUGAUCGGAGCAGCACCGAGGCUGAAGUGGUGGUUACUGCAGAGACUCCCGAACCGGAGGAAGCAAAGCCUGAGCCAACUGAAAAUGAAGAUAGUAGUUUGGCUUUAAAUGCUCCUGUGCCAAGUGCCCCCACCAGUACCAGCAGCAUUGGAGUGAACACACGGCGGUCUUCACAGGCUGGGGAGGCAGUGGCAGAUAAACCAACCUCUAAAACUGCUCCAUCAAAACCAACUAGACCGCGGCCCAAAAGCCGCUUUUCCCGUUAUCGGAGCAGUUCAGCGCAGCGACUGAGAAGGCAAAGGCAAGCGAGUUCCCAACAGGCCGAACUCUCUCAAGCAACUCCGGAGGAAGGAAAUGGCGCGAGCACAGUAACGGCAGCAGAAGUCAGCAGCAUAGAGGGUCCAGGAGAAGGGAAGCAGUUGAUGGGUUCUGACCCAGCAGUGGCUGCAGUUGCAGGAUCACAGGUCACCCGGGCUACACUCAAGUACCCCAAAACAAAAAAGUAUCUAGUUACAGAGUGGCUGAAUGACAAGGCAGAGAAGCAGGAGUGUCCCAUCGAGUGUCCUUUGCGUAUCACCACUGACCCAACCGUGCUGGCUACCACCCUCAAUAUGUUGCCAGGCCUUAUCCACUCCCCGCUCAUUUGUACCAUGCCCAAACACUACAUCCGUUUUGGCUCCCCCUUCACCCCAGAAAGGCGAAGACGGCCACUGCAGCCAGAUGGGAACUACAGCUCAUGUAAAAAGCGUUGGAUGAAGCAAGCUCUGGAAGAAGGGAUGACUCAGACCUCAGCUGCUUCUCCAGAGAACCGAGCCCAGUGUCUAUACCAAAGCAAUGAGAGCAGUAGCACUUCUGGCAUCUGCAAGGAGAACACAGACUUACUGAGUCCUCUGAAGAAGUGGAAGUCUCGCUAUUUGAUGGAGCAGAGCAUUACCAAGUUAUUGAGGCCGCUGUCUCCGGUCACUCCCCCGCUGCCUGACCCCUUGAUUCCAGACUCGCUGAGCCCACACCUCACCACGUCCUCCUCAUCUGUGCCGGGAGAGGAGGAAUGCCGCAGUGGUUGCGGGGUGAUCUUCUCGCCGAUUCCCUCUUUGGCUGCUAGUCGUUGCAAUACGCCACUACAGUUUGAGAACGUAUCCUCCCCUGAGAGUUCCCCUGCGCAUAGGCCCGAGUCCCUGUCGCCCGAGCUCUGCCUCAGGACGGACCUUGACAUGCCGAAGGCAGGCUUCCUGGACGCCAGCGCUAACAGCUGCCUAGAGAGACCGGCGUUGCUCACUUUGGGGCACUCUGACCCAGCAUCCCAGCCCUUGGAGACCAGCUUUCCAGGAAAGAGCGGGGAAGCGCAGACGCUGCUAAGAAGCUCUGAGCAGGCUUUUCGGACAGAGUUUAACUUAAUGUAUGCCUUCUCCCCUCUGAAUGCGAUGCCUCGAGUGGAUGGAUUGUUACGGGAAUCUCCUCAGAUGGCCGAUGGGAAGCUUCUGAAUCCGGACAGGGGCUGCUGCAGUUCUCCUGCGGAGGGAUAUUUUGGCAGGCAUGAGCAGGCACUUCUGAAAGAAGCUGCCCAUGGAUCCCUGGCCCUCUGUGGCGAGAGGCCUUGUGAAGGAGUGAAAUCCAUCCCCCAGAACCCUCCGCAGAGGAAAAAGGUCUCUCUGCUGGAGUACCGGAAACGAAAGCAAGAAGCCAAGGAGGGCGGGGAUUCUGCUCGAUGCACAGGGACCCCUACCCGACUGAGUGGCGGCUGCUCUGGAGCAGAUAUGGAUGCUGGUGUUGUGCCGGGCCCGGGGGGGCGCACACUGUCCUCCCCACAACAUGGCUUCUCCCCCUCGCAUUCCUCCCUGUCUCAUCUCGAGGAAGUCAGCCCACCCGAACCAAGAGGGACCACACACUGCAAAUCCCAGGAUAGCAUCAGCAGUAGGUGGAUGGUGCCCACCUCGGUGGAACGGCUCCGAGAAGGCUGCGGCAUUCUGGAGAAGGUUUUGCGCAGCAGCGCUAAAAUAUGCCAGAGAGGAGAGCCCUCGCCCACGCGGGACAGCGUAGGGGAGAGAGAAGCAGAUGCUCUGGAAGGAGACUCGACAGACCCCCUCAGCUCUUCCCUCAAGGGACCAGCCGUUUACAGUCCUUCUCGAUACAGCUACCAGGCCUUGCAGUCCGACAGCCCAAGGGCAGAGUCGCAGACCCUCCUUCAGAGUUCCUCCCCAUACCGAGGGCACCCCAUCCCAUCACCGGGAUACAGCUACCGGCCCCAAUCCCAGAGGACCGGGCACCGCCCGCCUCUCAGUUCCCCGGAAUCCUCUGUGUCCUCCGCCCCCUCGGCCUCCACGGACUCCUCCGCUCUCUUUGCAGGGAACUCUGGGUAUUACGGCAGUGGUGUGCUGAAGAAGAGCUGCCCCGCAACCGCUGCCCCCAGUCCUGCCCAGACAGCAGCCGCAGACUGUGCGCCCUCUUCCGAAUCAGGGCCUCAUCCCUGCCCGGGGACCGCCGGCUGCACGUCUUCUUCCUCCAGGCCCUCGCAGUCAGACUUGCGGACUACCCACCCUCCCGCCUCUGGGCAACCCGCUCCCUACCAGAGCUCCAGAGCCGCAGCACUUUCCAACUCGCAGCACUACCCUCACCGAGGGGGAGGAGGCGGCAGCAUCCACCAGUACAGACUGCAGCCGCUUCCAGGGUCGGGCGUAAAGACUCAGACAGGCCUUUCUUAGGGCAGGACAGAAUUGCCCACGGUUCCUUCCGGCAGCAGCUCAUGGGGGAGUGGUGCUGGAACGGCGAAAGGCGAGAGGCCGGGGCUCUGGGAUGUGCGAGCAUGUGAGAGCGCUGCCAGCCACCCCUGGCUUUGGGGAGAGAAGGCAGCAAGAGGUGGCGGCGGCUGCAGAGCCUGUAGCAAAGCAUCUCCCUGACCGCCUGGGUACGUUGUAGAAAGCAAAUGGUGCUGAGCGGCAUGGCCUGGGUCUCCUAUCUGUGCCCUUAGCUGUAGUCACCUGGGCAGGUAGGAAAGCUUGAUUAUGAAACCAGUGCAAAUCAGAAAAAUCGGGG